AUGUUCGCGGUCAGAAACGCUCUCCGCCUCGGCUCCAGGUUGUCCGUCCCCGCGGUGGCGAGGAGAGGAUGCGCCGGAGCGUCCAUCCCGGUGGACGACGUGGUGAACGGACUGACCGACGACCAGAUACAGCUCAGGCAGUCGGUUCGUAAAUUCUGUGCAGACAAACUUGCACCUUACGCUGAUGAGAUCGACAAGAAUAACGAAUUUCCAGGACUGCGGGAUUUCUGGAAAGACAUGGGGGAGAUGGGACUCCUUGGGAUCACUGCUCCAGUGGAAUAUGGGGGCACAGGAUUGGGCUACCUCGACCAUGUCAUUGUGAUGGAGGAGAUGUCACGAGUGUCGGCAGCCAUCGCUCUCAGUUACGGCGCCCACUCUAACCUCUGUGUCAACCAGAUGGUACGCCACGCCAACGAGAAACAGAAGGAGAAGUACAUGCCAAAGUUAAUGACAGGAGAGCAUGUAGGAGCCCUGGCCAUGAGUGAGCCCAAUGCUGGCUCUGAUGUCGUAGCCAUGAAACUCAAAGCCAAGAAGAAAGGUGACUACUAUAUUCUGAAUGGCAACAAGUUCUGGAUAACAAAUGGACCAGAUGCCGACGUCCUUAUUGUUUAUGCAAAGACAGAUCCUGAGGCCCAUCAAAGAGGCAUCACAGCUUUCAUUGUUGAAAAGGGAAUGCCAGGUUUCUCUACAGCACAGAAGCUUGACAAACUUGGCAUGAGGGGAUCAAACACCUGUGAGCUGAUCUUUGAAGACUGCAAAAUCCCAGAGGAGAACAUCCUUGGCCCGUUGAAUAAAGGUGUUUAUGUGAUGAUGAGCGGCUUAGAUCUGGAGAGGCUGGUACUGUCAGCAGGACCUAUUGGCAUCAUGCAGUCUGUGUUGGACUUUGCUGUUCCCUACCUACACGUCAGAGAAGCGUUCGGACAGAAAAUCGGACAAUUUCAGCUGAUGCAAGGCAAGAUGGCCGACAUGUACACCAGGCUGAGCUGCUGUCGGCAGUAUGUGUACAACGUUGCCCGGGCUUGUGACAAAGGACACUAUAGUGCAAUGGACUGUGCUGGUGUGAUCCUGUAUUGUGCAGAGAACGCCACUCAGGUUGCUUUGGAUGGGAUUCAGUGUUUGGGUGGGAAUGGCUACAUCAACGACUACCCCAUGGGGCGAUUCUUGCGUGAUGCAAAGCUGUAUGAAAUCGGCGCAGGCACAAGCGAAAUUCGCCGGCUCAUCAUUGGGAGAUCUUUCAAUGCCAUGUACAAAUAAUCAGAACUGAGAAACGGCACUAAAGACUGUACGAGUGGUUUGUUGUGGAUGAACGCAGUUACUCACACCCAGAGCCUUAUACUGUAUGAACUGUUGCUGCUGUUGGAUUAUCACGUGUCAGAAUAAUUGGCAUUUUAUAAUUCAUAGAUAUAAAACAUGAAAUCAGUUGACUGUGAUGUUACAAGCUGACAGGUAAAACAAAUGAAAUGUUGAUUUAGUAUGUUACGGGGGCCUUGAUGUCAUUUUGUUUCUCAUAUUAGGCUGGCUGGUUUCAGUUGCAGUGACUUGAUAACCACUGAAAGGCCAAUAAAGCAAUAUAAUUAUAAUUAUUGAACCUUAUAAAUAGGCCUCUUGUGUGAUUAAAUUAAAUUUGUUUUUGGAAAUGUGUAAUGCAGUUGUGAACCAGUCAAUACAUUUUCAUUUCAUUAUAGUUUAUUUAGGCCUCUUGUGAUGAACACUGAUUUUCGUGUUGUCUUGAACACUCCAACCAGAGCUCCAAAACUGCUGUUGGCAAGAGUUUUGGCAUCAAUAUUCUGAAUUAAGCACGUUGGGGUUUCAAGGGUUAUAAGAAUGAAUUCUGAAUACUGAACCAUUAUUAUAUAAGAUGAGCUGAUGUAUUUGAAGCUAAUGACCUAAAUAAAUAACCUGAGUACAUCCAGUGAUGGCCUUAACAGUGAAUAUUUCUACAGUGUAUUACAAAAAAGUCAUGAUUAUACUUUGAGUUUUUUUGUAUGUAACUUCCCUUUCCUGAUCUCAAUGCAAACUGAUUCUGAUUUUAUGAUCAAUAAUAGUUGAUGUCUUGAGUAUUAUGUUGUAGAGAAUUAGCAUUAAAUUAAAAAAAAAAAGGUUUGUUCAUUUUUGGGAGCAAACAUAUUCCUCUAUUGUAUUCUGUCUGUACAGUCCAGCUGGAGAAACGCUCCUAAAUAUGUGUCUGUCUUUUCUCCAGAGGACUAUAGGUGUCAGGAUGUAGAUGUACAGUGUGAAAAUGUAUGAAAUAAAUAAAAAUAAACUUUUUAUUUCUAGACUUCAA